UAUUGAGGAAGAAAAUUUUAUAAAAGAAAAACUGGAGGUAGAGAAAAAAAAGGGGAAAAGACAGAAAGUGCACUUCAGAAGAAGCCAGUUUGGCUUGUGCUUUGGUCUCUUGUACGUGCCAUCUUCAAACACAUCCUUUUCCUCAUCCGCAUUCCAAUCUCUUCUCUCUCUCUUUCUCUCUUUCUAUCUCUCUCCCUUCACACACUCACAAACUCAAACUUCCUCAAGUAGGUCAUGCUUCAUCUUUCGUGUUUGAUGCUUGCUGCUUGAUGCUUCAUGCUUUUCAUGUUAGAUGCUACUUACCAACAACAACUUCUCAAGGCAAAGGCAAUCCUUCUCGGGAUCCAUUCACCUUUCUCAGCUUUUUCCUCUUUCUCUCUCUCUUUCACUCUUGGUGGUUUUCUCAAGAAUUUCUUAAAAGUUUGAAGAAUAGAGAAAGCUAUAUAAGUUUCUGGUGGUGGAAGAAAACAUGUCUAAUUUGACUUCUGCAUCGAGUGAAAUAAGUGCUUCUUCAGGAAUCAGAAAUGACAAUGGUUUUUUCCAUGCUCACCAAUACUCCUCUACUUCAAUAAAUCAAGAACCACAACCAAAAAAGAAGAGAAGUCUUCCAGGCCAUCCAGACCCUGAUGCAGAAGUGAUAGCAUUGACUCCAGAGACCCUAUUGGCAACAAACAGGUUUGUGUGUGAGAUUUGUCAGAAAGGGUUUCAAAGGGAUCAGAAUCUGCAGCUUCACAGAAGAGGGCACAAUCUGCCAUGGAAGCUAAAGAAGAAGAACAGCAAAGAGGUGAGAAAGAAAGUGUAUGUUUGUCCAGAGGCAACAUGUGUUCACCAUGACCCUUCAAGGGCCCUUGGGGACCUCACUGGAAUCAAGAAGCACUUUUUCAGGAAGCAUGGAGAGAAGAAAUGGAAGUGUGAGAAGUGCUCCAAACGCUAUGCAGUUCAAUCUGAUUGGAAAGCUCACUCCAAAAUCUGUGGCACCAGGGAAUACAAAUGUGACUGUGGUACCCUUUUCUCUAGGUAAUAAUCUCCUUAAUUAAUUAAUUAAUCAACUUUUAACUCAUAAACCAACUUAUCUUCUCAAACCGCAAUCUA